UGGCUCUGGAACCAGAGGGCCUGGUUCGCAAAGAAGCUGACUUCGGGGGGGAAACUUUCUUCUUUUAGGAGGUGGUUUGCCCUGCUCCACGAACCCAGGAAAACGGCUGGCCAGAUUAAUUAGACAUUGCUAUGGGAGACGUGUAAACACACUACUCAUCAUAGAUGCAUAUAUAAAACCAUUUCAUUUUCGCUAUUAUUUCAGAGGAAGCGCCUCUGAUUUUUUUCCCCCUCCUUUCCUUUUGGUCCCUUUUUGCCUGUGUGACUUGGAAGAAGCACAGUUGGAGUAGCUGAUUCCUAAAUAAGUCCGGAGCGCUAGAGGAUACGAUGCUGCGGAGACUGGUUCAGCAGUGGAGCGUCGCGGUGUUCCUUCUCAGCUGCUCGGUGCCCUCCUGCGGGCGUUCGGUGGAGGGGCUCGGCCGCCGGCUCAAAAGGGCCGUGUCUGAGCAUCAGCUCCUCCAUGACAAGGGGAAGUCCAUCCAAGACUUGCGACGCCGCUUCUUCCUCCACCAUCUGAUCGCAGAAAUCCACACAGCAGAAAUCAGAGCUACCUCCGAGGUUUCCCCCAACUCCAAGCCCGCUCCCAACACCAAGAACCACCCCGUCCGAUUUGGGUCUGAUGAUGAGGGUAGAUACCUCACUCAGGAAACCAACAAGGUGGAGACCUACAAAGAGCAGCCGCUCAAGACACCAGGGAAGAAAAAGAAAGGCAAGCCUGGGAAACGCAAGGAGCAGGAAAAGAAAAAACGGCGGACCCGCUCUGCCUGGCUCAUCUCCGGAGCUGCUGGGAGUGGGCUGGACGUGGACCACCUGUCGGACAUCUCCGCAGCUUCCCUGGAGCUCAGUUCACGGAGGCAUUGAAAUUUUCGGCAUAAACUUCUAAGGACAUAUUACAGGAUUUGUAAUAGUAAACAUAUGGGAAGUAUUAGAAAUAUUUAUUGUCUGUAAAUAUUGUAAAUGCAUUGGAAUAAAACUGUCUCCCCCAUUGCUCUAUGAAACUGCACAUUGGUCAUUGUGAAUAUUUUUUUUCUUUUUUUGCCAAGGCUAAUCCAAUUAUUAUUAUCACAUUUACCAUAAUUUAUUUUGUCAACUGAUGUAUUUAUUUUGUAAAUGUAUCUUGGUGCUGCUGAAUUUCUAUAUUUUUUGUAACAUAAUGCACUUUAGAUAUACAUAUCAAGUAUGUUGAUAAAUGACACAAUAAAGUGUCUUUAUUUUGUGGUUGAUUUUAAUGAAUGCCUAAAUAUAAUUAUCCAAACUGAUUUUCCUCUGUGCAUGUAAAAAUAGCAGUAUUUUUAAUGUGUAAAGAAUGUCUAAUAAAAUAUAAUCUAAUUAUACCAUGA